GUCCGGUCCGUGAUGGCGGUGGGGGCUGGGAAGGCAUGGCUGCUGCUGCUGCUGCUGUCCAUGGCCGGAAGCUGCUCCAUCGCCUCGCAAGGAGGGCAGACGGUUGAGACGAUCCGGCAGCAAGACAUGGCGCCGCAGGGGAUGACCCAUCUGAGGGAUGCGAAGAAGGGGAAGAAAGUCAAAGUCGCGAAGGUCCCGACGGAGCCUCCUGUCGGAACCAGGGACUUCUACCCGGACGAGUUUGCACGCCGGUCGUGGCUGUUCGAGAGCUUCCGCCAGGUAUCUAAGAGAUUCAACUUCCAAGAGUAUGACUCUCCUGUGUUGGAGCAUGAAGUUCUUUACACCCGCAAGUCCGGGGAGGAGAUCACGGGGCAGAUGUACAACUUUGUCGACAAGGAUGGGUACAAUGUGACAUUGAGGCCGGAAAUGACUCCCAGCUUGGCUCGGAUGGUCAUAUCGAGGGAAAAAGAGCUGUUCUUCCCUCUCAAAUGGUUCUCCAUCCCUCAGUGCUGGAGGUUCGAAAACGUGCAGAGGGGGAGGAAGCGGGAGCACUAUCAGUGGAACAUGGACAUUGUUGGAGUGAAAAACGUGGCAGCUGAAGCUGAGCUGAUCGCAGCUACCGUCAGUCUCUUCCAGUCCCUCGGCCUGGGCUCGGGGGAUGUAGGCAUCAAGGUGAACUCUCGUAAGAUCCUCAACUCAGCGUUGAAGAUCAUGGAUGUGCCCGAUGAAAACUUCUCGUCAAUCUGCAUCAUCCUCGACAAGAUAGACAAGAUUGGAAGAGAUCGAGUUGUAGAGGACCUGGAGAGCGCUCAUAGCUUGCAACAUGAUUGUUCUCUCAACAUUGUCAAGAUCGCCUCGUGCACUUCGCUCGAGUCGCUCGAAGAGACGAUCCGUGACUUGAAGAGAGAAACGCAUGCUGCUGUCCCUGAGCUCCGCGCUGCCAUUGACGAGCUCCGCCAACUUUUCUCCCUGCUAGACUCGCACGGAGUCAAGGACUAUGUCUCCUUCGAUGCCAGCGUUGUCCGAGGGCUUGCGUACUACACAGGAAGAGGAGGGAGGAUCGUAUGGGAAGGGUUUGACCUCUCAGGAGAGUUUCGAGCGAUCUGCGGGGGAGGGAGAUAUGACAACUUGAUGAAGCUUUAUGGAGCACAACACGAGAUCCCUUGCGUUGGGUUUGGAUUCGGGGAUUGUGUGAUCAUGGAAGUUCUUGCAAAGAGGAACUUACUGCCUAAAACCAUGAAGACUUGCGAUGUUGUGGUUGCUGCUUACAAUCAGGUCUUCGAACUUCGAUGGAAUGAGUCAUGUGACGUAGGAGCUCAACAGGAAAUGCUCGGCCAUGCUUGCAGCAUCACAUCGCAACUCCGUCAGAUCUUCGACUAUGCUGAUCGAUCGGGAGCAUAUCAUAUGAUCUUCGUCGCUCCUGACGAGAUUGCAAGAGGGAAAGUGCGGAUCAAAGCGUUGAGAGGAUCUUUCAGAGGUUUCAAGAGCCUGGGGGGUGAGACGUAUGAGAUCUCAGAGGAUGGAAAGCAGAUUGACGUGCCUAUCGGGAGCAUACGUCACUUUAUCGAGGAGCUCUAUUCCUCUCCUUCCUAG